AUGAUCAUAAGGAUAUCAUGGCUUUUUCAUCUGCUGACUUUACUAUUCAUAUCGACGAUAUCAGGUAAUCCUCUAUUUUUACAACAAAGUGGAAGAAAUAUUAAACCAGUUAUAAAAUGGAGACAACCAAUGGAUACCUGGAAUUGGACAGAUACCCCAAGAAACGACGAAAUAUUUUUUAAUCCUUCAAAUUUCACACACAAACUUCCGCCAUCUGCAAAUGAAACAGAACUUAUAGCUCACAUGGUUGCCUUAAAACGGAACUACUCACGGCUUUUGUGGGACAGUGACAAAAGCUCCAAUUUACCUCUGUUUGUGGACAAGGCUUUGAAAUUAUUAAACCUGAAACAGGUGUACUAUGAGGUCGAACACUCUGUUAUGUCUAAAGUAUCUUGUACAGCGUGUAAAGCUGGAGCGGGACUACUGCAACACUACAUGAGAUUGGGUAAAAGCAAAGAUGAAAUUAAUAAAAUGAUCUAUCAGUUUUGUGUCUCUUUAAACAUACAGUCUGCAAGAGUUUGUGAAGGCAUCACUAGAUUGUUUGGUAGCGAAGUAGUGUACGUUUUGAAACGCAUAACCUUAGGACCAAACGAAAUAUGUAGUUUUGUAAUCGGUGAUGCUUGUGGCGAUGUAUACAAUCCCUAUCAUGAAUGGGAAGUUACUUUCCCUCCAGUUCCUAAGCCACCUGUGCUGCCUUUAAAAGUACCUGAUGAUAAGGCACAGACAUUCAAAGUACUUCAAAUAUCAGACACACAUUUCGAUCCCUAUUACGCUGAAGGAGCCAAUGCAGAAUGCAAUGAGCCUCUUUGUUGUCGGGCAUCAAGUGGUCCAGCCUUAACUCCUGGCGACGGCGCUGGCCGUUGGGGCGAUUACCGCAAGUGUGAUACUCCGAAACGAACAAUAGAUGACAUGUUACAACAUAUAGCUAACACACAUCCUGAUAUAGACUACAUCCUAUGGACAGGAGACUUACCACCGCAUGACGUAUGGAAUCAAACAAAGGAAGAAAAUUUAAAAGUUCUACAGGAGACCGUUGCGCAGAUGUCAGAUAUGUUUCCUGGAGUACCGAUCUUUCCUGCACUCGGGAACCACGAGUCAUCACCCGUGAACAGUUUUCCUCCUCCAUUCAUUUCAUCACCGGAGUCUAACAUGGCGUGGCUGUACAAUGAGCUGGACGCCCAAUGGCGUCGCUGGCUGCCCGCGGGAGUGUCUCACACUGUUCGACGCGGCGCCUUCUACUCUGUACUCGUUCGACCUGGAUUCCGCAUCAUCUCGCUCAAUAUGAAUUACUGCAACAAUAAAAACUGGUGGCUUCUGCUCAAUAGUACAGAUCCAGCAACGGAACUUCAAUGGCUCAUUUACGAAUUGCAAACGGCUGAGUUUAGCGGUGAAAAGGUCCAUCUGAUAGGUCACAUCCCGCCCGGGCAUUCGGACUGUCUCAAGGUCUGGAGCAGAAACUAUUAUGCGAUCGUCAAUCGUUAUGAGUCAACGAUAACAGCUCAGUUCUUCGGACACACACAUUACGAUGAAUUUGAAGUUUUUUAUGAUCCGAAUGAUUUAGGGAGAGCGACGAGUAUAGCAUACGUCGGUCCGUCAGUUUCGCCGUAUUACGAUUUAAAUCUCGGAUAUCGGAUUUACUAUGUGGACGGUGAUCACGAAGCAACAACACGGUUAGUAGUCGAUCACGAAACCUGGAUAAUGAACUUGAAGGAGGCUAAUCUGUUCGGAUACCCGAUAUGGUAUAAGCUGUACUCCGCGCGCUCCGCCUACAUGAUGCCGGCUCUACGCCCUCAAGACUGGGACAAAUUCAUAGACGAUAUGACCACCAAGGAAGACGUCUUCAAUUUAUAUUACAAACAUUAUUGGAAAAGCAGUCCACGUCGUGGUAUGUGUGACGGCGAGUGUCGGAAGCGGCUCGUGUGUGACGCGCGGUCUGGUCGCUCGCACGACAGGCGCGUGCUCUGUGGACAUAUUGAGGCGCGCAUUGACGGUGCGCCCGCGCCGCAAACAUGGCGCGCAUGGUUCUAUAACGGAUUGUCUGUUUCAAUGUCAAUGUUAAUGCAAAUACCGCAAGUGGCGUAUCAAAUACCAAAGUUCGUGAUGGGAUUGGGUUGA